GGUAAAGGCUGUGAGGGUCUGCGGGCGACAUGAGCUCCUUCCCUGGACGCAUGAAAGAGUAUCCCAGCAUAUCUAUAGACAGGUUUGACAGGGAGAAUCUGUCUGCCAAGGCUUACUUCCUGUCUCAUUGUCACAAGGAUCACAUGAAAGGGCUCCGGGCUCCUCUGUUAAAACGAAGACUAGAGUGCAGCCUGAAAGUCAAUCUGUAUUGUUCCCCAGUCACAAAGGAACUGCUGCUAACAAAUCCAAAAUAUGCAUUCUGGGAAAAUCGUAUAGUAGCUAUAGAGGUGGAUAAUCCAACUCAGAUUUCUUUGGUUGAUGAAGCUACAGGGGAUAAAGAAGACAUUGUUAUCACUCUUCUUCCAGCGGGUCACUGCCCAGGAUCUGUAAUGUUUUUGUUUCAGGGACAGGGUGGGACGGUGCUUUACACAGGGGACUUCAGACUGGCGCAGGGGGAAGUGGCGCGUAUGGAGCUGUUGCACUCAGGAAACAGGGUUAAAGACAUUGACAGCGUUUAUUUGGACACCACAUUCUGUGAUCCUAAGUUUUAUCAGAUUCCCAGCAGGGAAGAAUGUUUGGUUGGAAUCCUGGAGCUAGUGCGCAGCUGGAUCAGACUCGGUCCUCACCAUGUGGUUUGGCUAAACUGCAAAGCAGCUUAUGGAUAUGAGUAUUUGUUUACAAACCUCAGUGAGGAAUUGGGAGUAAAGGUCCAUGUGAAUAAGCUAGAUAUGUUUAAGAAAAUGCCUGAUAUCCUUUAUCAUGUAACAACUGAUCGACGGACACAGAUUCACGCUUGUCGGCACCCUUUGAAUGAAGCUUUCCUGCGGGGGAACCGGUUGCCUUGCGGUAUGCAUUCAGGCGAUGGCACUUCUCUGCGUGUAAUCAGCAUUAAACCAUCAACCAUGUGGUUUGGGGAGAGGACUCGGAAAACCAACGUAAUAGUGAGAACCGGUGAGAGUUCGUAUCGGGCGUGCUUCUCAUUCCACUCCUCCUAUAAUGAGAUUAAGGACUUUCUGAGUUACAUCAAACCCCUGUCUGUUUAUCCCAAUGUGAUUCCUGUUGGACGAACGGUGGAAUAUGUGGAAGAAAUCCUGAAACCUCUCUGUAGGUCAGACUCUGGAGCUUCAGUGGUAAAGUAUAAGCCCCUGGGAACCCUAAAGAGAGCGAGAAACACGACCAUGCUAGAGUCAGAUGAGGACGUUGCUGAUGAACUUUUUGAUGAUUACCUAUUAAACCACCUGAAGCACAAGAUUUCCAGGGAUUACAAAUGGAAGUCAGAGCUAAAUGGUGAUGAAAUUCUACCUGCAGAUCAGGAAAUAGUUGGUGGACCCAUGGUGGACCACAAAGAAAUACCAGUGCGUGGCAACAUUAGAGUAGAUUAUGUGGACUGUGAAGAAUCAAAUGGGGAGGAUGAGGAAGAGGAUGAAGAUGUUACUGAAGAAGUGAUGACCCCAAACCUUAAACAUUAUGUGCCUAGCCUAAAUCCUCUCCUGGCAACACCAGAUGUAAUUUUGAAAAACAAAGACAACGUUCCUCAUACAGUGUCUGAACCUAAUGAUACUGCUGUGCCAGAGUGGGGAGCUUUCUUCUGCAAUCACGCAGAUGACAUCUCGGAUACUGAGGAGUGUAUCCCAGCUCCUGGGGUUUGCAAAAGUUCUCAGUCACCAAAACUGUACAGUGAUUCUGAUGACUCAACCCAUAUUUCCUCAUUGAAUUCAUCCCAGUCAACGCACAUCUCGGAACAAGGCAGUCAAGGGUGGGAUAACCAAGCCGACACAGUCAUGUUGACCACUCAGGAACGAAAAGAAACUGAUGCUGGGCUUUUAAAUAGGCACCAUUUAACAGUUGUUGCCAGACCUGCAGCCAAGCCUAAUGAAUCUCAGAGCAGGAAAACCAGUGACCAAGCAGAAGAAACAACACACAUUCUAGAUAAGGGAGAAUGUGCAUUUAUUGCUCACAUUGGUGAUGGUGCAUCACUUAAGACCGACUCACAGAGCUCCUCGGACUUUGAAAUUCCUUCUACUCCUGGGUGUGAACAACCAAAUCCAGACAAGCUGCAGUUUUUGUAUGAGAGGCUUGCAACAGGAAAAUCUAUCAUGACGGAUAAUCAAGAUUAGCUGCUUUUUACAUUCACUAACUUAAAGGGACAUGAAACCCAUAUCUUCUUUUAUUAUUCAGAUAGAGUGUACAGCUUUAUGAAAGUCUCCAAUUUAAUUCUAUUUUCAAAUGUACUUGGUUCAAAUUAAGAGAAUACCUAGGUAGGUAGCGUGCACGUGUCUGGAGAACAAUAUGACAGCAGUGUUUAAUUAAUGUGUAAAGUUGUUUAAAAGCAAUUUUGCAAAACUGCUGCCUUUUAGUUCUCUAGACACAUGCUCUCUCCUGAGCCUACCUAUCCGAUUUUCAACAAAGGAUACCAAUAGAACCAAAUAAAUUUGAUUAUAGAAGUGAAUUGCAAACUUUCUUAAAAUGAUAUACUGCAUCUGAAUAAUGAAAUAAACAUUAGGUUUUUCAUUUCUCUUUAAUUUGUAAUACAUUUUCUAUAGGAAAUUAACAGGAUUUUCACUGUACCACAAACAUUUAAUAGUGAUA